AUGUUCAGUAACCAGGACAGAAGCGCCUCACUCCAAGACAAUAGCUCCAGCCCCUCAACCUACUAUGAUCUUUCACAAGAUUUCCUCGAGCGUGCUCCACACCUACGCUUUAUCUUGCUAUACAUACUCUUUGCUUGGUGUGUAUAUAAAUUCAUUAUAUACCCUCGACUCUUCAGCCCUGUGCGUUUCCUCCCUCAGCCGAAAAAUGGCACUUAUCUAGGUAGUCAUCUCCUCGGUCGCUUCCAAGAGCCUAUUGCAGAAAGCUAUCGGCAAAUGAUGGAAGAUGUUCCGAACGAAGGAAUCAUGUUACUUCGCGAUUACUUCGGCUUUGAUCAAUUACUCGUCACCGUUCCAGAAGCAAUCAACGAUAUAUUAGUCCAAAAGCCGUACGAUUUCGAAAAGCCACACGAAAUGCGCUCCUUCUCGAGUCGUAUCAUCGGAGCAGGGCUCCUCACUGCAGAAAGCGACAUUCACAAAUUCCAACGAAAACAAGUUAUACCAAGUUUCACUUUGGAUAACACAAAGCGCCUGCCUCGUGCCGAUCUCGUGGAAUAA